UUCGGUCAGAUCAACGUCGGCCGCACAUCACGUCAAGUCAGCUGUCCGCGAUCCAAGUAGCCGGACUCCAAGUAGUCGAAGGAGCCGUUCGAGCGAGCGGAGAGAGAAGAUCGCUCUUGGACGGAUCGCGCGACCGUCACUCGUGUCAUCCGACUCGUGUACUGAAUCGGGCUUUCAAGUUCGGUACUCGCGUGGCGCACGAAACGGGGCAGGAGUCGACGCGCUGCUUUCCUACCGCAUGUAUAACGAGAAUCUCAACGUGAAGAAAUAUUUCUUCUCGCAAGAGGGACGGCGGCAAGGCCGAGGUUGAUGAUGGAUCUUCGUGCGUCUGUCUGGCACUAUUUCACGCUCGUCGCUCUCGUAAACUGCUACGGAUCCGUCAGCGCCGAGAAACUGAGACUAUGCAUCGUCGAAAGCGCACACACCACGGUGAGAGUUCGUUCACUCUGUCCGAAACUAGUUGCUCUAAACAGCCCGAUAGCGUGUGUCACGGACAUUGACAGAUUCAGCUGUCUGCGUCGAUUGACCGUUGGCGACGCCGAUUUCGCGGUAUUGGAGCCAGAAGACCUCGUUGCAGCGGCGGCUUACAACGAGUACAACGUUCUAGUCACGAAUGAGUUGAGACUCUUCUUAAACGAUAAGCAACGUUUUCAAAUGGUGGCUUUAGUACAUAAAAACGUGAAACACAUAUGGGACGUGAAGGACAGGCGAUUCUGUCAUCCCGGCUUGGAUACCAGCAACGACUGGACUAAAACCUUCUCGAUGUACUUCGAGUACUGGGUAAUCCCCAGUGAGUGCGAUCCCAACAAGACGCUGCUCGAGAAUAGAAUGUACACAUUGUCCAAUUACUUCGAGAUGGCUUGCGUCGCUGGUCCAUGGUCGGCGGACACGAUAUUCGACGGGCAAUUAAAGUCGAAGUACAAGAAUCUCUGUGCCGCGUGCGACAACCCGGCCGGUUGUUACAGCGACGACAAGUACCACGGACGCGAGGGUGCCUUGUUGUGCCUCACUGAAGACGUCGGCGACAUCGCCUGGGUCAGGCUGGACGACACUCUCGUGCACUUCAAGGAUGAGCAAGUCGACAAGCGGAAUUACAACUAUCUGUGUCCGGACGGCGGCACCAGGCCGCUCGAGUACGACAAGCCUUGCGUCUGGCUAUCGAAACCCUGGCCGGUCAUCGUGGCUAGUUCACAGAUCGCCGAGAAAGUCUCCCGCACGAUGAACCUCCUGAAGAACGCGACGUUCGGCUGGGAAACGAGCGUGUUGCAGUUGAUGGAGGGCUAUCACAUUUCUCCGGUCAGUACAGAAAACCUGGAAACGCCCGAGGAUUACUUACGACGAUUCCCCGGUUUCAUGAGCGCCAACAAUCGUGUGACUUGCCGACCUUCGCGACGAGUGCAGUGGUGCGUAGCGUCUAAUUUGGAGGAGCGCAAGUGUCGUUGGCUGAGAGAAGCCUCCGUCGUUUACGGCGUGGAACCGCCGAUCUCCUGUAUUCAGGAAAUUAACAGAGCGUCAUGCUUGGAUGCUCUGCGAAGUCGACGAGCGGACAUCUUCGUCGCUAGGACCGAAGAGCUCCUGCAGGCGAGGAAAAAGGGUUUGAAGCCUAUCAUCUACGCGUUAUCGAACAAGAAGCAGGAAUUGAACAGAAUCGCGGCGGUGGUGAAACACGACUCGAAAUUCAGGAGCCUGAGAGAUCUCGAAGGCGCUGCCAAGGCGUGCUUCGCGGGCUACGAAAGCGUCGGCUGGAACGCUUUCGUGUCGACGAUGAGGAACGCUUCAGCCGAGAAAUGGGGCUGCCAGGACACGCAGGCUGUUGCAAAGUUCUUCAAGGACAGCUGCGUGUUUGGCCUGACCGAUCAGGAUAGGAGCGAGUUGCCGGCUAAUUUGUACUCCUUGUGCAAACAAGGGGAAACGGCGGCCGAUGAUAUAAGCGCCUUCGACUGCUUGACUUCCGGCCUCGCUGACGUCGCCUUCGUCAAUCUGAAGGCCAUUGAGAAGAAAACCGGUAAUUUCGACCUGGAGCACGAAGGCGCGAGCGAGAAGGGGUACAGACUGUUGUGCUUGGACGAGCCAGACGCUGUCCAGAAAACAAGUCCAUGCUUGCUCACUUGGACGCCUUUCGGCGCGGUGAUUGCGCAUGAGAAUAUAACGAGUCUAAGGCGCGAAGAGAUUUACUCGAUGCUGCUCGAGAUGGACAGUCUGUUCGGGACAAGCCGCGGGCAGAUGGAGACGCCCGUGUUCUCGUUGUACGGUCCUUACAACAACGUUCGCGACUUGAUCUUCCCGGAGGAGACGCGGCAUUUGCAGUUGCACGGUCGCCAGUUGCAGCGAGUACGCAGUUACGACCAGAUCAUAGAGGAUCUUCUGAUACAGAAGACUUGCAGUGCCGCGAGCAGAUGGAUCUCUCACCCCCUUCCGGGGAUACUCUCCCUGUGCGUGGCUGUCGUUACUUCGAGUCGAUUUUUGAGCUGUUAGCACGACGAUGUGUGAUUGCGCUCUCUAUUAGAAUACAGUUCAGAAAUAUCGUUGCGUGUAGCAUGUAAUUCAAGGGGUCCGACCUUUUUCUCCACCCUAUAUAAAAGAAAUAAAGAGAAUAUAUAAAAAAUAAAGAAAAGAACACGCGAGACGUCAAGCAGAGACCGAGCUGUGUAUAAAAUUCAUGGUAUAUUCCAGCUAUACACUCCUAGCGCUCCGUAUCCGUUGUGAUAUACCCCUCUUUAAAUAUACGAUAUAUAUUUUAUA